GUCGUAUGUAGAAAGGACCCGCUCGCUCACUCUUACUCAUCCUGUAGUUGCCAUUGUUGCCGCUCUCGGUCGCUCUCGCUCUCCUUGCCUCUCUUGCUCGCCCGCUCGCUGGAGCUUUGGCUCAGCGUUCGUUUGUUCGUUGCGUUCACUUCCUCCCUCAUUCCGGCUGUCGAUCUCUCUACCUCGUUUUUAUCAUAUCUUCGGUGGAAAAGCUAGGUCAGGAGAAGCGGAAAUUGAACGUACAAACCUUGCAUCUGCGGUUCAACGAUUUUUGUCGCUCUGGUGGGAAAGGCAACAUGUCGAAAGAAACGAAAGUAAAGCUGAAGUCUUCAGAUGAUGAAAUGUUUGAAGUCGACGAAGCUGUCGCCUAUGAGAGUCAGACGGUGAAGAACAUGAUUGAAGAUACAGGAACGGAGAACGCAAUCCCUUUGCCUAACGUUUCGAGCAAGAUUUUGUCAAAGGUCAUCGAGUACUGCAAGUACCAUGUGGAUACUGCUAAGAGCAGUGAUGAUAAACCUGUCACACCUGAGGACGAAAUCAAGGUUUGGGAUGCAGACUUUGUGAAAGUUGAUCAGGCAACACUUUUCGACCUUAUUCUGGCUGCUAAUUACCUCAACAUAAAAAAUCUACUGGAUUUGACGUGUCAAACCGUCGCGGACAUGAUCAAAGGCAAGACGCCCGAGGAGAUCCGGAAGACUUUCAACAUAAAGAACGACUUCACUCCGGAAGAGGAGGAGGAAGUGAGGCGGGAGAACCAGUGGGCUUUCGAAUGACAUGCACUAUAUCUUUUCAAGUUGGUGAAUUUUGAGUCUACGCGGACUUUAAACGAUAAAAACCGAUUUGCUGUGCGUGCAUUACCCGGGUCAUGUUUGAAAUGAUGAAGAGCGCUUUUCUGAAUCAGAGGUUAAAAGAUCUGCCUCGUUCUUGUCCCCAUGUGGAUGUUGGUAACGUGAUCCACUCAAAAGUGGUGGAAUAGGAAUGGACUAUUUCACAUGGAUGUUUUGCAUUGUCUUCAUUCGCGCAAGCCGUCUGGAGGUAUGUCAAGCGUCAUCUUCAGCGUUUCUGUAGGUGCUUCCUACGUUUCCCUCACGAACUAUUUUCUUAGGAUUUAUUUUCCUUUUUCGGGAUUCGUUGAGCCGGCUAGGUCAAAACAUUUACCGAUUCUCGUCAUCAGACCAAGUUCUUUUGUAUUUAUACUUGUUCAGAUAAAUAAAGAUCUAAGUUUUCUGUAUC